GUGGAUCCUCCAGCCAUGAGGUUCCUCUGGGGGCUGAUCUGGAUCUUCAGCUUCUUCACCUUGUCUCUGCAGAAGCCUAGGUUGCUCCUGUUUUCUCCUUCUGUGGUUCACCUGGGGGUCCCCCUGUCGGUGGGGCUGAAGCUCCAGGAUGUCCCCCGAGGCCAGGAAGUGAGAGGCUCAGUGUACCUGAGAAACCCAAAAAACAUUAAUGUCCCCUGCUCCCCAAAGGUGGACUUCACCCUCAACUCAGAAAAAGACUUCACACUCCUCAGCCUCCAGAUCCGCCUGGAAGAUGCCGAAAGCUGUGGCCUCGGUCGCCUCCUCAGAGGCCCUGAGGUACAGCUUGUAGCCAGUUCACCAUGGCUGAAGACCUAUCUAUCCAAAGAUAUAGACAUUCAGGGCGUCAACCUGCUCUUCUCCUCUCGCCGGGGGCACCUCUUUCUGCAGACUGACCAGCCCAUUUAUAACCCUGGACAGCGGGUCCGGUACCGGGUCUUUGCACUGGAUCAAAAGAUGCGCCCAUCCACUGACACCCUCACGGUCACUGUGGAGAAUUCUCAGGGCCUCCGUGUGUGGAAGAAGGAGGUGUUCUCUCCAUUGUCCAUCUUCCAGGGUGAUUUUUUGAUCCCAGACAUCUCAGAGCCAGGGACUUGGAAGAUCUCAGCCCGAUUCUCAAAUGCCCCACAAUCCAACAGCAGCACCCAGUUUGAGGUGAAGAAAUAUGUUCUUCCCAACUUUGAGGUGAAGAUCAUCCCUGGAAAGCCUUACAUCCUGACAGUGCCUGGCUUUCUCGCUGAAAUCCAGUUAGACAUCCAGGCCAGGUACAUCUACGGGAAGCCAGUGCAGGGGGUGGCUUAUGUGCGCUUUGGGCUCCUGGGUGAAGGUGGUGAGAAGAAGUUCCUUAAGGGGCUGGAGAAUCAGACCAAGCUGGUAGAUGGCCAAACUCACAUUUCCCUCUCAGAGGCUGCGGUCCAGGAAGCCCUGGCAAAGCUUAAUGUCAAAGUCACUGACCUUCUGGGGCUGCGUCUCUAUGUUGCAGCAGCCAUCAUUGAAUCUCCAGGCGGGGAGCUGGAGGAGGCAGAGCUCACAUCCUGGCGUUUUGUGUCAUCUCCCUUCAUUUUGGAUCUCAGCAAUACCAAGCGCCAUCUUGUGCCGGGGGCCCCCUUUUUGCUGCAGGCUCAGGUCCGUGACAUGUUGGGCUCCCCAGCUGCUGACAUUCCUGUCAAAGUUUCUGCCAAGUUGUCUUCUCCUGGGUCUGCUGCUAAUAUCCAGGACUUUCAGCAGAACACAGAUGGAAGUGGCCAAGCCAGUAUUCACAUCAAUAUUCCUCAGACCACCCAAGAACUGCAGAUCUCAGUAUCUGCAGGCUCCCCCUAUCCAGAUACGGCCAGGCUUACUGUGACAGCCCCACCCUCACAUGGCUCCGGGUUUCUGUCUAUUGAGCGCCUGAAGCUGCAGCCCCCUCAAGUUGGGGACACUUUCAACCUAAACCUGAGAGCCGUGGGCAUCAGUGGGGCUACCUUCUCUCAUUACUACUACAUGAUCCUGUCCCGGGGUGAGAUUGUGUCCCUGAACCGAGAGCCCAGGAUGACCUUGACCUCAGUCUCCGUGUUUGUGGACCAUCGCCUGGCACCCUUCUUCCACUUUGUGGCCUUCUACUACCACAAGGGUGUCCUCAUUGCCAACUCCCUGCGAGUGGAUGUCCAGUCUGGGGCCUGUGAGGGCAAGCUGGAGCUGAAUGUGGACGGUGCCAAGGAGUAUCAUCCUGGGGAGUCUGUCAAGUUCCACCUGCAAACAGAUUCCCCGGCCCUGGUGGCGCUGGGAGCUGUGGACACAGCUCUAUACGCUGUGAGCAGCAGUUCCCACAAACCUCUCAACAUGGGCAAGGUCUUUGAAGUUAUGAGCAGCUAUGACCUUGGCUGUGGCCCUGGCGGGGGGAACACUGCCCUUCAGGUUUUUGAGGCAGCGGGCCUGGCCUUUUCUGAUGGAGAGUACUUGACCUCAGCCAGAAAGAGUCUGAGCUGCCCCAAGGAAAAAACCCGGAAAAAGAGAAACAUGAACUUCCAAAAGGCCUUUGUUGAAAAGUUGGGCCAGUAUACUUCAACAACAGCCAAGCACUGCUGCCGUGAUGGGCUGACCCGGCUGCCCAUGGUGCGCUCCUGUGAGCAGCGGGCGGCCCGCGUGCUGGACCCAGCCUGCCAGGAGCCCUUCCUGUCUUGCUGCCAGUUUGCUGAGAACCUACGCAAGAAGGCCCGGGCCAGGGGCCAGGUGGGCCUUGCCCGAGCCAUGCAGAUGCUGCAGGAGGAGGAACUGAUGGAGGAGGAUGACAUCCUUGUGCGCAGCUUCUUCCCUGAGAAUUGGCUCUGGAGAGUGGAAAAAGUAGACCGCUCCAAGACAUUCACACAAUUUCUCCCUGAUUCACUGACCACUUGGGAGAUCCAUGGCGUGAGCCUGUCCCAGAGCAAAGGCCUGUGUGUGGCUACACCGGUCCAAGUGCAAGUGUUCCGUGACUUCCACGUGCAUGUCCGCCUACCUACCUCCGUCCGCCGUUUUGAGCAGCUUGAGCUGCGACCUGUGCUCUACAACUACCUGGAUAGAAACCUGACAGUGAGUGUCCAUGUGGCCCCAGUGGAAGGGCUGUGUCUGGCUGGCGGUGGAGGGCUAGCUCAGCAGGUGCUGGUGCCUGCCAGCUCUGCCCGGCCUGUGGCCUUCUCCAUGGUGCCCACAGCGGCUGCCGCUGUGUCCUUGAAGGUGGUAGCUCGAGGGACCCUUGAUUUCCCUGUGGGGGACGCAGUGUCUAAGAUUCUACAAAUUGAGAAGGAAGGGGCCAUCUUCAGGGAGGAGAUUGUCUAUGAACUCAACCCCCUGGACCACCGAGCCCGCACCUUGGAAAUUCCUGGCAACUCUGAUCCCAAUGUUAUCCCUGAAGGAGAUUUCAGCAGCUUUGUCAGAGUCACAGCCUCAGAUCCAUUGGACACUUUGGGCUCUGGGGGGGCCUUGUCCCCAGGAGGCCUGACCUCCCUACUGAGGCUGCCACAGGGCUGUGGGGAGCAAACCAUGACCCUCUUGGCUCCCACACUGGCUGCUUCCCGCUACCUGGAUAAGACAGAGCAGUGGAGCAUGCUGCCCCCCGAGACGAAGGACCGUGCCGUGGAUCUGAUCCAGAAAGGCUACAUGCGGAUCCAGCAGUUCCGGAAAUCAGAUGGUUCCUACGGGGCUUGGUUACACAGGGACAGCAGCACCUGGCUCACAGCCUUUGUGUUGAAGGUACUGAGUUUGGCCCAGGAGCAGGUGGGCGGCUCACCUGACAAGCUGCAAGAGACGGCCAGGUGGCUGCUGUCCCAGCAGCAGGCUGACGGUUCCUUCCGAGACUCCUGUCCUGUGAUUCACAGGGGCAUGCAGGGGGGCUUGGUGGGGGAAGAUGAGACCGUGGCACUCACAGCCUUCGUGGUCAUUGCCCUUCACCACGGGCUGACCAACUUCCAGGACAACAGUGCUGAGGCAUUGAAACAAACAGUGGUAAAUUCCAUUUCAAAUGCAAACUCAUUCUUGGGGAGGCAAGCAAGUUCCGGGCUCCUAGGGGUCCAUGCAGCCGCCAUCACAGCCUAUGCCCUGACGCUGUCUGGGGCCCCCAAAGACCUGAAGGUUGUGGCCCACAACAAUCUCAUGGCCAUGGCCCAGGAGAUUGGUGAUAACCUGUAUUGGGGCACACUUGCUGGGUCUCCAAACAACGUCGUGUCACCCACCCCGGCUCCUCGCAGCCCAUCAGACCCCAUGCCCCAGGCCCCGGCCCUGUGGAUUGAAACCACAGCCUACGGCCUGCUGCACCUGCUGCUUUGGGAAGGAAGGGCCGAGAUGGCCAACCAGGCUGCAGCCUGGCUCACCCACCAGGGCAGCUUCCAGGGGGGAUUCCGCAGCACCCAGGACACGGUCAUCGCCCUGGAAGCCCUGUCUGAAUACUGGAUUGUCUCCCACACCACCGAGGAGAAUGUGCUCAACGUGACUCUGAGCUCCACUGGCCGCAGUGGUUUCAAGAUCCAUGCGUUCCAUCUGAACAGUCACCAAAUCCAGGGCCUGGAGGAGGAGCUGCAGUUUUCCUUGGGCAGCAAGAUUAAUGUAAAGGUGGAAGGAAACAGCAAAGGAACCCUGAAGAUCCUUCGUAUGUACAACGUCCUGGACAUGAAGAACACGACCUGCCAGGAUCUUCAUAUUGAAGUGACGGUCAUGGGCUACGUUGAGUACACAAUGGAAGCCAAUGAGGACUAUGAGGACUACGGAGAUGAUGAGCUUCCAGCUGGGGAUGACCCAGAUGCCCACUCCCGGCCUGUGACGCCCCUGCAGCUGUUUGAGGGACGGAGGAAUCGCCGCCGGAGGGAGGCCCCCAAGGUGGUGGAGGAGCAGGAGUCCCGAGUGCAGUACACUGUGUGCAUCUGGCGGAAUGGCAAGUUGGGGCUCUUUGGCAUGGCCAUUGCAGACAUCUCCCUCCUGAGUGGCUUCCACGCCCUACGGGCUGACCUGGAGAAGCUGACCUCCCUCUCUGACCGUUAUGUGAGUCACUUUGAGACUGAGGGACCCCACGUCCUGCUCUACUUUGACUCGGUCCCCACCUCGAAGGAGUGUGUGGGCUUUGGAGCCGUGCAGGAGGUGGCCGUGGGACUGGUGCAGCCAGCCAGUGCAUCCCUGUAUGACUACUACAACCCUGAGUACAAAUGUUCUGUGUUUUAUGGCGCACCAAGUAAGAGCAAACUUCUGUCCAAAUUGUGCUCUGGAGAUGUCUGCCAGUGUGCAGAGGGCAAAUGCCCUCGCCAGCACCGCGCCCUGGAGCGGGGGCAGCUGCAGAAUGAGGAUGGUUACAGAAUGAAGUUUGCCUGCUACUACCCCCGGGUGGAGUAUGGCUUUCAGGUGAAGGUUCUCCGAGAAGACAGCAGAGCUGCUUUCCGCCUCUUUGAGACCAAGAUCGUCCAAGUCUUGCACUUUACCAAGGACACCAAGGCCACUGCUGGUCAGACCCGAAACUUCCUGGUUCGAGACUCUUGCCGCCUUCACUUAGAGCCUGGGAAAGAAUAUUUGAUCAUGGGUCUGGAUGGGGUCACCUAUGAUACCAAAGGAGACCCCCAGUACCUGCUGGACUCAAAUAGCUGGAUUGAAGAGAUGCCCUCGGAGCGCCUAUGCCGGAGCACCCGCCAGCGGGCAGCCUGUGCCCAGCUCAAUGAGUUCCUUCAGGAGUAUGGCACGCAGGGUUGCCAAGUGUGAGGUGGCUUCCCACCUCCCCAG